AUGACAGAUUGGCCACGUUUGGCCGAUCAACAAUGGGUGCAAGAAACAAAUAAGAGAGUUGAGGCACAGGAGUCGCAUCGGUCUACUUUGGUCAGUGUGGAAUCCACAGAUGAAAAUGCGUUACAUUCGCUUGAUUCAACGCUUAAAAAGACGACGGCUUUCAUGAAAAAGCUCAAAUCCCUAUCGGCCGCUAACAUCCCUUCACUGAUCGAAGAGCUUUCCCGAUUGAAUCUCUCGAAGUUCGUCGAAGAAAUGGCGGCGGGUAUCGCCGAGACGAAGUUAAAGCCGUCAGAUGUAAUUCCAAUAGUGGAUCUCUGUGUAGCCAUUGCGUCUCGAUAUCCCAAGUUCUCCGAAUUGAUCCUGACUGAGAUCAAGAAAGGCUUGCCGUUGAAGCGUGCCGAUAAGAUCUUAAACCCUGCCAAAUUGCGCAUUGAUGUGAGGUUACUUUGUGAGCUGAUUCUCUGUGGUGUUGUGGGCAAAGAAGGCUUGCAAACUUUGGGCGCAACCCUAUCCUAUAUUUGUAUCACAGACAAGGGAGAACACUUGAAUGUUGGGCUCAUAUGUUCGCUUUGCCGUCCAGUGGGAUGGCAGAUUUCUGGUAUUGUUCCAUCACCAGAAGGGAAUGAAGGAAUUCCGAUCAAGGAAGGUGAUUUGAAAGUGAAUGAAGCGAUUACUCCGGAACAUCGAAAGAUCGUGAAUGAUCUUUUUACGAAUUAUCAUACUGGAUUGAUUCGCCAUUUGGAGAAGGCUUGUGCUGUGAUGAAUGUCGGACAGAGAAGUGAACGCCAUGAGGAGGACAAGGGUUCAGGUGACGCAACAGUGGAGGAAAAGACGGAGUUGGAAACAGCACGCGCUGAGUAUGAGCGCUUGAAAGCUUUGGCAGCGGAGUUGAGCAGCGCGCUUGGAGUACCGAUGGUUGAGCUAAAAGAGGAGCCGAGCGAUAACGAAGAAGACGAAAUGGCAGCGAUGGAGAUGGAUAAAGCUCUCGCUGAGGGGCAGGUAUCGCUAUGGCCAGACGAUGAAUCGCGUCUGUUCUACGAGAAUUUGAUUGAUAUCAGGAAUAUUGUGCCACGGAGUCUGUACAAGUCAUUCAGUCAAAAAAGAUUAGCUUUAGGCUUUUCGUUCAGGAAUCAGAGAGCGCGAACGAUUCAAGAGAACGAACUGAAGACCUCUGUGGAUGAUAUAGAUGUCGAUGGUCUUGAGGCUGAACCUUCGGAGCGUGAAGGCGAUCCAGAUAUAGGAAGGGAAGAAAACGUAGAUGAGCCGUAUCGGCCAAAGACGCCGCCAUCACCAGCUCAAUUUAAUGAAGACAUGACGAGCGCUGGUGAUGCUUCGCUCAUCACUUCCGAAGAAAUGAAGCAACUUGCUCAGAAAUUCUUCUUAAAUCUCGAUCACCUCGUUAACCGUGACACCACGGACCAGUGUGCCCUCGACUUCGUUUCAAAUUUGAAUACGAAAGUAAAAUUCGGUGUGAUUCCCCGUGCGGAGGCAUUAUCGUGCCUUCGGCAGCUGGUAUACGAUUUUCGUGGUCAUUCUGUGGAUAUGGUUUGUGCUAUGAUUGAAACGGCUGGAUUCUACCUCUACCGAAAUAGCGAUAGUCAUCCCAAGAUGAAAAUCAUUCUUGAUGUUGUACAAAAGAAGAAAGAGCGGAUUAAGGACGUUCGUCACGUGAUGCUGAUUGACAACGCCUUCUUUGCGUGUAUUCCUCCAGCUGACUCAGCAGCCGCGAGGCGAGCUCAAGCCGAACCGCCGUUGAUGAUUUUCAUCCGGCAUCUUAUCGUUGAUAUUAACGAGCACAAUGUGAACACGAAUAUCAAAUGCAUAAGAAGGUUGGCGUGGGACGAUGAAACCGUAGCGGGUUGGUGUCUCAAGUACCUUACCUCACCAUGGUUGUUACCGUAUGCGAAUCUCCUUCAUUUGGCCAGUGCUGUCGCUGGGCUCCAAGGCCUGACUUACUAUGACUGGAUUUCCACAUAUGUUAUCGAUGCAUGCCAAGAAAUGAUAAGAAUAUCAUUGGAAGUUCCGGGUCUAUUCAAUCAGAGAGCCAUCGCUUCGGCAUGCUACCUUGGCGAGUUGUACAACUACAGUGUUUGUGACACUCCAGUGAUAUACAAGGUACUGUACCAGAUCAUUUCCUUCCCGGAGACGGAUCCGUUGUCAUGGCAGGAGUUCUACCGCGUUCGUAUGGUGUGUGAAUUGCUGAACACGAUAGCGGAUUUCUUUCAAACUGGACGCGCUCGACGAAAAAUGGACUAUUUCCUCACAUAUUUCCAUCGUUUUUAUUGGAUGAAGCGAGAACAAUGGAAUGUGAACGCGGUGAUGGUUGAAGUGCCAGGUGCUGAGGAGGCCGGAGACGGAGCGGUAAUGGAACCGCCGAGAUUUCCCGCAGACGUUGAAGCAGAAUAUCGUGAAUGUAUGCGCCAUAUGCGCAAAAGUGCUCCUAUUCCAAAGGAUUUGGCAGAAGCAGAAAGCGCAGUGGAGCAAGUCGAACAGCAGUUGAAGGAGAAGUUAGCGCUUGCAAGCGGAAGUGCUGACGAAGAGGAAGAAGAAGAGGAUGAAAGGAAGGUGCCUGAUCGAUCACUCCAUCAAAUAACAGAAGAAGAUGGUGAGGAAUACGGUAGUGACAGUGAGCGACCUCCAGCGAUAAUUGCUGAAGAUGAUGCGGACGAGAAAGUGUGCGUGCAUGUGGAGAAACCAGCAAUUCAACCGGAAGACGAAGAGUUCAUGCGGCAACUGGACAGAAUGCUAGCCCCGAUCAAGAUUAUAGUGGUACCUCAACAGACUUCGGUGGCAGCAGCGGUGAAUCCCUCAGUGGACAUGACGGUGCCGGCGGCAGUUCGAAAUCGAUUCCAACGACAAAUCUGUUUU